AGAUGGUUGCGGUGUGACGCUCCUGGUCCCCAGGAAGUAGCUCCAUCUGUAAACGCAAGGGAAAAUGGACGAUAAUCUUCAACUCGGAGACAGUGGAGUUGGAAAGAAUGUUGCAAAGUUAGGUCGACGGGCUCGCCAGGCUGCAGAGCAAUCAUCUUCAAUGGAGGAGUCUCGACACGUCAGAAAAUCCUCUUCUUCAACGUCGAUGGGAGAGGUACCCCCUCCUAAACCAGCCCGCAGGCAGGGCGGCUGGGCUGAGGAGACUUCUGGAUCUGGAUCAGCCAAGUCUGGAAGAAGGCCUGCCAUGGUGGAGGACGUGGAAGACCGACGCCUUCGACCACAAACCCCCCAGGGCUCGGAUGAUGAAGGAGAUAUACCAGUGAUCCCAGACCUUGAUGAAGUACAAGAGGAAGACCUUACCAUGCAAGUUGCUGCUCCUCCAAGCAUCCAGGUGAACCGGGUAAUGACAUACAGAGAUCUGGACAAUGACCUCAUGAAGUACUCUGCCUUCCAGACCCUGGAUGGGGAGAUUGACUUGAAGCUCCUCACCAAGGUUUUGGCUCCAGAGCAGGAGGUGCGGGAGGAGGACGUGGGUUGGGACUGGGAUCGUCUGUUUACGGAGGUGUCCUCAGAGCUGCUGACGGAAUGGGAUCAAGGAGAGAAGGAGGAGCAGGUUCCGCUGCCUGUGUUAUGAUGACGAGCAUCCCCAGGAUGGGAUAGGGUGGACCAGGACGCCUCCUCUGGGACCUGGGUGGGUGCAUGUCAAUGCUCUGUCCAAACAUAGGGACCAUCAAAUAUAUGUAGCUUGUUGUUCAUAUUAAAAAUUCAAUGCAAAAUGUAUUUAUUUUUUCAAAUAAAUUUAAACACACCA